AAGCAAAAAAAUAUACAAAAUUGAUGACUGGCAGAUUGAAUGACAUUUCGGAUAUAGUUGGAAUUUUGCAGAAAAAAACUGAAUCAUUUAAUUACCCUACAAAUCAAAAAUUUUUCAAAAUGGAAUUCCACGUUACUGAAAAACCUGAAUUCGACAAAACGCCUCAAUGGCUAUCAAAUAGCUUGCUAUCAAAUUGUUCCCUAGAAGAUUUACAAAAUCUCGUAAAAUUUACGAGUAACGAAACCACCAUCAAUGAUAUGAAGAAUCUGAGAAAAGAUCAGAUAUUAACUUACCCAGAAUCCUUGCAGCCGCAGCAAGACAAGAAGAUAUUUAUUAAUACGUCUACUAUUACGCCACUUAAAACUGCUCCGAUUAUUUGGAGACAAGUUAUGAAUGGAAAUACCCUAGAAGACUCAGCUUAUGCGACAAACAAUAGUCAAAUCGAUAAUAUUAAUUAUAACAAAGAAUGUGAAGCUCCACUUAUAUUUGAAGAAUUCGGAGAUCAAAUUUUCUGCGGAAAAUCGGAAGAUACAACAACAACAUUAUUCUAA